UCUCUGUCUUGGACGGGUGCUCAGUGCGUAGGGCAGGCAUCCCGUGUCCUGGGAGAGGACCAUUCCUGGCUCAGCAAUGAAUAACUGUGUGCUCCUGGAGGAACAGCUCAUCAAAAAAUCCCAGCAGAAGAGAAGGACAUCUCCCUCCAACUUCAAAGUGCGCUUCUUUGUCUUAACCCAAUCCAAGCUGGCUUACUAUGAACAUCGCCAUGGGAAAAAAAGAACAUUGAAGGGUUACGUUGAACUUUCCAGGAUUAAAUGUGUCGAAAUUGUGAAAAGUGACAUGAUUAUUCCCUGUCAGUAUAAAUAUCCUUUCCAGAUUGUCCAUGAUAACCACAUACUCUACGUGUUUGCACCCAAUCGUGAGAGCCGGCAGAGAUGGGUCUUCACUCUGAAGGAAGAAACCAGAAACAAUAAUAGUUUGGUCCAAAAGUAUCAUCCAAAUUUUUGGAUGGAUGGCAAGUGGAGAUGCUGUGAUCAGACGGAGAAGAUGGCAGCUGGCUGUAUAGAGUAUGACCCCACCAAAAAUGCCUCAAAGAAGCCUCUUCCUCCCACUCCUGAAGAUAACUGGAAGUUGUUGCUAGACCCAAAGGAUGCCUUAGUCAUGGCCAUAUAUGACUAUGAAGCCCAGAAUCCACAGGAGCUGACAUUACAAUAUAAUGAGGAAUAUUAUGUGAUUGAUAACUCUGAGGAACAUUGGUGGCUGAUUCAAGAUAAGAAUGGGCAUGAAGGCUACGUGCCAAGUAGUUACCUGGUGGAAAAAUCACCCGACAAUCUGCAAAUAUACGAGUGGUACAAUAAGAACAUGAACAGAAGCAAAGCAGAAAUGCUCCUCAGGGAUGAGGGUAAGGAAGGUGCCUUCAUGGUGAGAGAUUCGAGGCAGCCUGGCAUGUACACAGUCUCUGUUUUCACCAAAGCAUUAAGCACAGACAACAAUCCCGUUAUAAAGCAUUAUCACAUCAAUGAGACAAAUGACUUUCCCAAGAGGUAUUACUUGGCAGAAAAGCAUGUGUUUGACUGUAUCCCUGACCUCAUCCACUACCAUCAGCACAAUGCAGCAGGUCUUGUUACUCGUUUGCGAUAUGCCGUCUGUUCCUGGAGAAAAAAGGCCCCAAUCACUGCAGGGCUGAGCUACGGAAAAUUGGUCAUAAAUCCCUGUGAGCUCACCUGUGUACAGGAAAUUGGCAGUGGGCAGUUUGGGGUGGUCCACCUUGGCUAUUUGCUGGACAAGACAAAAGUAGCCAUAAAGACCAUUCGUGAAGGAGCAAUGUCUGAAGAAGACUUCAUUGAAGAAGCUAAAGUCAUGAUGAAGCUGUCUCAUCCCAAACUAGUCCAGCUUUAUGGAGUGUGCUUUGAGAAAACUCCCAUAUGCCUGGUGUUUGAGUUCAUGGAGCAUGGUUGCUUGUCGGAUUACCUCAGGAGCCAACGGGGCAGUUUUUCAAAAGAAACCCUGCUUGGGAUGUGCCAAGAUGUGUGUGAAGGAAUGGCUUACCUGGAACAAAAUUCAGUCAUCCACAGAGACCUGGCUGCUCGGAACUGCCUGGUGGGGGAAUCGCACAUAGUCAAAGUGUCGGACUUUGGGAUGUCAAGGUUUGUCCUUGAUGAUCAGUAUACCAGCUCCACAGGUACCAAGUUUCCAGUCAAAUGGUCUGCACCAGAGGUUUUCUCCUACAGCAACUAUAGCACCAAAUCUGAUGUUUGGUCAUUUGGAGUGCUGAUGUGGGAGGUCUUCAGUGAAGGUAAAAUCCCCUAUGAGAAUCGCACCAAUGGAGAAGUGGUGGAAGAAAUCAAUGCAGGUUUCCGGCUCUACAAACCCAAGUUGGCCUCCAAGGCCAUUUAUGAGGUCAUGAGCCACUGUUGGAGCAUGAGGAAAGAUGACCGGCCUUCCUUUUCUGUUCUGCUGUAUCAGCUGAGUGAAAUCUCUGAGUUUGAUCUGUAAUCAUGACGCUGGCCACUAUGUGAAGCUAACAGCGUCCUGAGAGGACAGAUGGUUGGAUUUUGCCCACACAAAGCAUUAACAGGAAUCCUCUCACCAAAGACACUUGCUAAAUUCCUGGGACAGCAGGAAAGGGCAGAGGCUGUUAAUUCCAGACAGACCAGAUAUCCUCAUGUCUUCCAGAGAGCAGACAUACACAGACUUUUGGUUCGGCCAGAAAUAUGGUUACAAAUCUUACAAGCAGAACCAGCUAUUCAGCACAGAUUCCGGAACCACACAGUCCAGCAAGUCUAUUUCUCAUGAAGAUGUGGUCUCAAAAGUAAGAUAUCUGACAUUGCUAUUCCAGUCCUGAGAACUCCCAAAUGAAGGCUUUCCCUGGGGGAAAAAAAAAGUCUUCAACUGAGGAGGAACAAUUAGACAUUUCUAUGGCUGUUUAAUUCAGAGUGGGCUGGACCUGAAAGCUCUCAACAGAAAUAGGCCUGGGACACAAGGGAACAGACUGAAUAUAGUCAUUGCAUUUUUGAUGUUGAUAUUUCAAGAUGGUUUUGUUCUUCCUUUGCAUGAUUUUCUUUGAAACUGUGGCAUAACAAGAACAGGAUUCUGGUACUCUGCAAGCUGAAGGGGUAUGUGCAUGUGAGUUUGUAAGGAAAGGAGAGAAACAGCAAUGUGUUGAAGAGUCUUGAAAUACUCUCACAUUUGUGUUAUACAUAUAAUACAUUGUGUUAUAUAGUGACUGGGAAAAUGGGACUCUCUAAUGUAAAUGGGUAGGAAUGUAAUGUAAAUUGGUAGGAAAAGGUCAAAGCCUAAAGUUUGUAUCAAAUUUUUCUUCAGUCUUUCAACAUCAGAAGAUAAAGGAAAUCCACCAAUGAGUAUGGGGGGACUCAGCAGUGCAGAGUGCUAUGGUCCAGGGUGAGACAGCAUCCCAUGAUCUGAUUAUCUGAUAUCUGAAAGGCACAGGAACCUCCUCCUGAACUAGUGUGUUUGGAAGGAAAGAGCCAGAGUGCUCCAGAAGGAUUGCCACGAGACUGAAACAUUGCAGACUAUGUGCUCAGCGCUCCAGCAAUAAUAAGAAACGUUUUCUCCCACUCCAAAGAGUAACUGAAUCAUCGCAAGGAAAGCCUUCUCUCUCUCUUCUGAACAUACUGGUGAAUCCUCUAGGAACGGUCACAAUCAACAAAAGAAAGAAAGAAAGAAAGUUCUGCAUGAGGUGGACUGUCUGGGCACUUCAUGCUGAGUUCCACAUUAUGUGGCAGCAGUGGAAGAAGGUGUAGACAGUAUCUAUCUCCUGGUACUUCAGUUAAAAUCUACAUUUUUUACUGCAAGACAGAGACAUUGUUUUGACAUAAUUGAUCUCGAAAGCAAAAGUGUGGGUGUCAGCAUCCUGCAGAAUUUGUAUAUAAGAUCAGGACUUUCUGCAGAGCACUAAGAAUAACUAGAGAAGUCAAGAGGACUGGUGCACGAUAUGUGUAUAUAUGCAGUAUGUAUUUUUGAUGUUCCUCUGUUUGGAGAAGCUAAGACAUGAGUAAACCUUAUGCGACAGCAGUUUACAAAAACUUUGAGUUGCAACCUUCCAGCAACAGGUUCUGAUGUCAUUACAGAAGCUGAGUUCAGAGAUUUUUGCCAGCAGAAAUGGAACAAGGAAAUACUGUAAUCCCAUGAUCUCACUUAUCCUGUGUCAAACUGUUUCUUCGUAGAAAGAGGUUUUAUUACUGGUAUUUUUCAGACCCAUUGUUCUAGGCUGGCUUUUGUGAGACAGAAUAUCUUUUCAACUCUAUGAAUAUGAGCAAGGCACUAGUUCCUAUCUUAUACAUCUUCCUACUUUGCUUUAAUUCCACAUUAUUUUGUUUUACUUCUACAAAUAUCAUCCAGACUGAUUCUCCUAGGCAAAGUGAAUCCUAAAAUUCAGACCAGAGGUGGGUCAUACCGAAACGCAGGAUCAGAGUGCUACCUUCAAGUCAGGACUGCUGCCAAAAAUAUCAUGAUAGUCUGAACCAAUAGGUGGAAUAUGAGCACCUAUAAACAGGUUUUGAAUUGUUGCCUACAGUGAACAUAAGCCAAGUUGCUCUUUGUUCCCCUCAUCCUUUUAGUCUGAGUUAACCCAUUGCCAUGUUCCUGUGGUGCGAAAUUUCACAUUUAGUCAGUGAGGUUUUCAGUAGCCCUAAGCACAUGGCACUGUACAUCUACAACUAGAUUGGAGGACACCUGGCCAAAACCCCUUUUUUUCCCCCCAGUCCAGGUUGCACUUAGAGGAUCCGUAUAACCCCAGGAGUACUCUGAAUAGUUCUUCCCUGAGCGCAGGCACUCUCGCUGUGGCUUGCAAAGUCAAGCUUCUGGCAUGCCACCGCCUCCACCUUGGUAGGAGCGAGGGAUCUGUUAGCCCUGAGGAAGCUGCUAUUAAGCAGCAGCAAUAUUGCUCCGCUAGGCAGUGUUUUGGAGACUAUAUUUAUGUUCAGAUGAGGUAAAUGUAAUAUUUAUUAGCUAGUUACUGUUGCACAAGAUAAUAUUGUGAAGUGUUAUGUUCAGAUCUUCUUUUGCAGGAAUUUCUAUGUAAACAAUACAUAUUUUUAAAAACAAUAAAUUGCCAUGUCCCAACUGUGGCUUUCAC